ACAGUCCUGCACCAGCAGCUAACCUUUCCUUCCUGAGGACAGCAAGCGGGCUCCAGAGCUGGGGGUCCACCGGGCUAUUCUCACCUGUGCAGGAGUGGGCUGUCCUGAUGAGCAGGGCAGAGGGUGGAAUCUGGGGUGGGCAGGUGUAGGGAGCAGCUCUCCUGAGAGGAGGAGACUGCCUUAGGAGCCCCCUUCCUGCCACCACCAGCCACAGGCGCUCAAGGAGCCCCUUCCCUCUCACUCUAGCCCCCCUUUCCUGCUUCACUCUCCAUGGGGUCAUGUUCUAGUCCCAGAGUCUUAAGGCGCAUGCACUGCUUCCUGAGCCAGUUGGAUGCUAAUGGUCUGAGCUGCAGGCCUUUUCCAGCCUGGAGUUCCAGCCCCCUGUCCUCCCUCUCCCAGGCCAACAUCGGGCACAUGGACACACCCAAGGAGCUCUGGCGGAUGAUCACUGGGAACAUGGCCCUCAUUCAGGUGCAAGCCACAGUGGUGGGCUUCCUGGCGUCCAUUGCAGCUGUCGUCUUUGGCUGGAUCCCUGACGGCCACUUCAGCAUCCCGCAUGCCUUUCUGCUGUGUGCCAGCAGUGUGGCCACAGCCUUCAUUGCCUCCCUGGUACUAGGUAUGAUCAUGAUUGGGGUCAUCAUUGGCUCUCGAAAGAUUGGAAUCAACCCAGACAACGUGGCCACUCCCAUUGCUGCCAGCCUGGGGGACCUCAUUACCUUGGCACUGCUUUCAGGCAUCAGCUGGGGACUCUACCUGGAGCUGGGUGAGGAUGAGGCUACCGAGGGUGUGAGCCGGGUGGCCUCCUGGGUGGGGUUGGGAGAGAUGGUUAGUGUAUAUGCAAAUGUGCAAGCAUUUCUUCUGU